UUUAUGCGUUCGGUCAUCGGUGAGAAAUGGAACGAGCUCGUGGUCAUCUAUUCACUGUGCUAAAGAAAACUAAAAUGUAAUAGAUUGGUUCACAAAUUGCGUAAACGAGUGCAGCGCUAUGUUUAGUGCGUGCCGAAUAAAAUGAAAAUUAAGCAAAUUCGUCAAUUGUAGAAGAACAUCAAUACAAUAUUAUGCAUAAAAUGAAAGUGAAAGUGAAGUAAAUUUUACUUAUCGUACUUACCGUUUGUCAUAAAAAGAAGCCUAGUGUCGUGCUUGUUCGUCGUUUUGUUAAUCGCAUUGCACAUAUAUGUACGUACAUACAUAUAUGAGUAUUUGCUUCGAUUCGUUGUUCGCGUUCGUAUUUUGUUGAACAAGAUUUUUCAUGUCUCAAGCUUCUAAACUACAAACGCAUACUUAUAUACAAUACAUAUACAAAUUAUAAUGAGGAAUUUUCAUUCUCUGUGGAGUGUGGCGUCAUUGGUGCGCAACUCGCAAGCAUUACGGGGCGGUCUGAUAAGUUGGUGUCUGGUGUUCAAUCGAAAAUGUGUCUAGCGCGUACAAGAUCGCGUACCCAGAAGCAGCAAAGCAAUGGCAAAGUGACAAGCGCUGCAACGGUGAUAAGCAGCAAGGAGCAGUGCAAAUGUGUGCAGUUGAAUACGAGAAUUCCAGCAGCAGAAAGUUUGCCUACGAAUGCCGCUUCUGAUAGUUCUGUAAACGUUUAUGCAGCAAAGGAGUGUCGUUCAACCUGUGCAGGGCCUUACACUUGUCUCAUUUUCGAAAACUUCCUGCUAUUCACUGUGACUACAAUGCUCUUAUUCGUCUUUGUGUUGCCUGUCUAUGGAUUGGUUGCAGCAGCGCCCACCCCUUGGAGUAAUACUUGUGGCAUGUAUGCCAGCGCGGAUGAACAACUUUCGUAUGAACCGCUUCAUGGCGUGGAAAGGGAGAGGGUACUUUGCGAGCUACGUGGCAAUCUUACAAAACAAAUCAAAAGUCUACGGAGCUUCAUGGGUCCACAGAAUUUCUCAAAAGUUUGGGUCAAACACAACAAGUCAUAUGCAUUUCUCAAAGUGCCGAGAGGAAAAAAUGUCACUUUACGCACUUGGCACAAACAACUACAAGUCUAUGUCGCCGCCGCUGAUCAACUCUACGAACGCGCCUACAAUUACAAAACUUUACAGCAAAACACAUGGAUUAGCUCACACGAGCAAACCAAUAGGAUUGACGAGGCGCUCAAGCGCCUGCGACAUCUUAUACUCACAACACGCAGCAUUCUAUGCGAUCUCGAGGUGACGGCCAACUUACUGGCGAAGCGUCAUUUACCAAGCAAAGCUUUUACAAUCGAUACCGCAGCAAUGCAAGCAUACAUACGGCUCAGAUCGGAUAAGCGUUCGGCUGGGGAAGGUGUGGAUCCUAUUGAUAUUAAUAUGCUUUAUCAGAGACUGCGGAGAUCCCUAUUGCACAUGCGACAGACGCUGAAAAGCCGAUGUGGCAAGGGUAGACCAGGUGUAAAGCGGCGGGGAGAGAAGAAGAAGCAGGACGAAAAAGCUGUGCAGCAAGGCGGCCAGCAACAGGAACAGGAACAGGAGGUCAUAAGGAAGACGAAGAAGAAGGCAAGAAAGCAGCAGGCUGAUAAAAGUACAUCAAUCAAUCCGCAGCGCCAAACACACAAACUGCGCCAUCAAGAAAAGCGGACACUAAGCCCGCUAGGGCAGUCAUAAAUUAACAUUUCGGAAUGCAACUCAGGAAUUAUUGAAUGUUGUUAAAUUUAGGGUCACUUAUCUAGCGCAUGUACCGUUUUCAAUAUGUAAUUUUCUUCUUUUUUGACCACAAAAUUGGCAACAUUUUUUUACAACAAAAAUGGUAUAAUUUUUUAGAGCAAAAAUGGCACACUUUGUCAUACCAAAUGGCAUUAUUAAAUAGUGCAUAGAUACAUUCGUUCAUGCGUUUGCGGAAAGAACUUCAAAACUCAGGCACACUUUUUUUAGGUAGUUAUGCAGAAACGAUCACGAUACCUUCUUGUAUGCUGUGUAAAACAUGCAUGGCGAUAUUUGCUGACAGUAGCCCUGUCCUUACUUCGUCUUACUACUAUUACUACUACUACUACUACUAUGCGCCUAGUGAAUUGCAAGCUUUCUCACCGUUUUUCUCGAAUUUUUUAUUGUUUGAGUGGAGAAGUUCCUCCAGCAAACGCGCGACAUGUACUAGAGACAACACUACUUAUACUUUCUAAGUCAUUUCCAUCAAAAAUUUAAUUUGCGAAUAAUUUGGUCUACCCUAAUGUGACAAGCACAUCUAUUUCUCAUCUAAUUUAGUCAUUAAUUGGUUUAGUAGUCACUUAAUCGUAAAUCAUUAAUUUGUCGUCAAUUAUAUCCUACCAAGUAUUAUAUUUAUUUAAUCUGUCCCAUUCGUCGUGCUCAAUAUUUUAAUUCAUAUAGUAAACGUAAAUAUUUAUAACGUCAUAAUAAUUGUUAUGCUGUGAUA